UUGGAAAUUUGGAUUCUCAGCUUUACUUCCAAAUUUAGCUUCAGCUCUCUCACUAACCAAACUGUCCCAAGUCUGAAUAUGGCGAUUUCAAGUUCUUCAUCAAUCUCCAUAUCCAAAUUAGACUUUCCAGUUUCAUUUUCACAAAGCAUAAACAAGAAAAACUCAAUUAGUUCAAUUCCUUUUUGUAGAAAAUAUAUUACUAAAAACUUCUUUAUUUCCAGUAAGACUCCAAAAUCUUGUGGCUAUAUAUCCAAUUCACUUGUAAAUGACUCUUCAAUUGAUGAAACGUCUAAAGAAAGCAUAACCCAAGUCCCCAUUGAAGUUAAAACCAGUACAUGGAACUGGAGGGGCUAUUCCAUUCGAUACCAGUAUAGUGGCAACAGUGGCCCUGCACUCGUUUUAGUCCAUGGUUUUGGAGCAAACAGUGACCAUUGGAGAAAAAAUCUGCCUGUUCUUGCGCAGUCACAUCGGGUGUUCUCUAUUGACCUUAUUGGUUAUGGCUAUUCAGACAAACCAAAUCCUCGCGAGCUUGGUAUAGACAACUUUUAUACAUUUGAAACAUGGGGCUGUCAGCUAAACGAUUUUUGUAAGGAUGUUAUCAGAGACAAAGCCUUCUUCAUUUGCAAUUCCAUUGGAGGACUUGUUGGUCUUCAGGCUGCAGUAAUGGAACCACAACUCUGUAGAGGCAUUCUUCUUUUAAAUAUCUCGCUCCGAAUGCUGCAUAUAACAAAGCAGCCUUGGUUUGGAAGACCACUGAUUAAAGCAUUUCAGAAUUUAUUGAGAAAUACUGCAGUUGGGAAAUUCUUUUUCAAAAGUGUUGCUACGCCUGAAUCAGUGAAGAAUAUUCUAUGUCAGUGUUACCAUGACACAUCCCAGGUGACAGAUGAGUUGGUACAGGCCAUCCUUCUUCCAGGGCUCGAGCCUGGUGCUGUCGAUGUGUUUCUUGAGUUCAUUUGCUAUUCAGCGGGGCCUCUUCCUGAGGAACUACUGCCCCAAGUAAAGUGUCCUGUUCUGGUGGCGUGGGGUGACAAGGAUCCUUGGGAGCCAAUAGAACUAGGAAGAGCCUAUGGCAAAUUUGAUACAGUUGAAGAUUUCGUUGUCCUCCCUAAUGUUGGCCAUUGCCCUCAGGAUGAGGCACCUCAUCUUGUGAACCCACUGGUGGAAUCAUUUGUUGCUCGUCAUGCCAACGUUGAGAACUGAGUCGCUGAGCGCGUACUCUUGACUCUUGCUGUUUACAUCAAAAUAUACAAUUUUGUUCUCAAUCCAAGAACGGCGAAGGUUGCUAGUCGAGAAAGACUGAAAGAAGUAUAUGGGGAGAACAAGGAAAAAGUGAGACAUAGUUUACUCUAUUCAUGUGAAAGGAAAUAGGUACAAUAUUUUAUACCAUUACAAACCUGUUUCUGUUAAUAUAUUUAGCCAAAAAAAUGUACGAAAGCUUUGUCCAACGAAAAGUAUUUAAAGAGCAUAUGCUAUAACAUGUCUCGACGUUUUUAAAAUGAAAAAAUUACUUGCUAAUUUUCGUA